AUGGCCACAUCAUCUUCCCAGUUCCAACAACUCGAAAAAUUGGGCGAAGGUACGUACGCGACGGUGUAUAAAGGGAGAAACCGCUCCACGGGGACGCUUGUAGCGUUGAAGGAAAUCAAUUUGGACUCUGAGGAGGGAACCCCGUCGACUGCGAUUCGCGAAAUCUCGCUCAUGAAGGAGUUGAAACAUGAGAAUAUUGUCACCUUGUACGACGUCAUUCACACCGAGAACAAGUUGACCUUAGUGUUUGAGUUCAUGGACCAGGACUUGAAGAAGUACAUGGACACACAUGGGCUCCACGGAAGUGGCGCCUUGGACCCAAAGGUUGUCAAGUCUUUCAUGUACCAGUUACUCCGUGGGAUCCUGUUCUGCCACGACAACCGUGUGUUGCACCGCGACUUGAAACCACAAAAUUUGUUGAUCAACGCGAAGGGCCAGCUAAAGCUCGGUGAUUUCGGGUUGGCACGUGCGUUUGGGAUCCCCGUCAACACCUUUUCCAAUGAGGUGGUGACCUUGUGGUACAGAGCACCAGAUGUGUUGAUGGGCUCGCGAAACUACACCACCUCCAUCGACAUGUGGUCCGCCGGGUGCAUCUUGGCCGAGAUGUUUACCGGAAAGCCGCUUUUCCCGGGCAACUCUAAUGACGACCAGUUGUUGAAGAUUUUCCGUCUCAUGGGCACCCCCAGUGAGCGCUCAUGGCCGGGUAUUUCGCAGCUCCCGAACUUUAAGCAAAACUUCAAGGCCUUUCUUCCACAGGAUUUGCGUGUGAUUAUCCCCAACAUGGAACCCUUGGCGUUCAACUUGUUGCAGUCGUUGUUGCAGAUGAGACCGGAGGCCCGCAUCAGCGCUCGACAGGCCUUGCAACAUCCGUGGUUUGCCGAGUUUAACCAGCCGAUGGUUCCGCAAAACUACCUGCAGCAGCAACAACAACAACAACAGUAUUACGAAUAG